AUGGAUUACAGCAAGAAAAAUUCUGAGGCAAAGGAAGCUGUUCAGCACAACUCCUUCUUUGAUUCAGGAAGGAAACUGGAAUAUGGAAAUGUUGAUGAAACAUUUAAAGUGGUUGAUCAUAUUCUUGAAGGUGAAGUACAUAUGGGAGGUCAAGAACAUUUUUAUAUGGAAACCCAAAGCAUGCUUGCUGUUCCCAAAGGAGAGGAUCAAGAAAUAGAUGUCUAUGUGUCCACACAGUUUCCCAGAUACGUACAGGAAAUAAUUGCCUCAACCUUGAAGUUCCCAGCUAACAAGGUCAUGUGUCAUGUAAGACAUGUCGGUGGGGGAUUUGGGGGAAAGGUGACCAAAACUGGCAUCUUGGCAGCCAUCACUGCAUUUACUGCAAACAAAAAUGGUCGUGCAGUUCGCUGCGUUCUGGAAUGAGCAGAAGACAUGUUAAUAACUGGAGGCUGCCACCCUUACCUUGGAAGGUACAAAGCUGGAUUCAUGAACGAUGGCAGAAUCUUGGCCCUGGAAAUGCAGCAUUAUAGCAAUGGAGGCUUCUCCCUGGAUGAGUCACCACAUGUGAUGGAAGAGGGACUUCUGAAAAUGGACAAUGCUUACAAGUUUCCCAACCUGCGCUGCCAGGCUCGGGCGUGCAGAACCAACCUUCUGCCCAGCACAGCUAUGCGUGGCUUUGGCUUUCCGCAGGCAGGACUGAUCACCAAGUCCUGUAUCACAGAAGUUGCAGCCAAGUGUGGUUUGUCCCCUGAGAAGGUCCAAAUGAUGAACAUGUACAAGGAAAUUGAUGAAACGCACUACAAACAAGAGAUUAAUGCCAAGAACCUCAUCCAGUGUUGGAGGGAAUGUAUGGCCACGUCUUCCUACUCCCUGAGGAAAGCGGCCGUGGAAAAAUUCAACAUGGAGAAUUACUGGAAGAAGAAGGGACUGGCCAUGGUCCCCCUGAAGUACCCUGUCGGCCUUAGCUCGGUUUCUGCUUGUCAUGCUGCCGCCCUGGUUCACGUUUAUCUAGAUGGCUCUGUGCUGGUCACACAUGGUGGAAUUGAGAUGGGGCAGGGCGUCCACACUAAAAUGAUUCAGGUGGUCAGCCGUGAAUUAAGGAUGCUAAUGUCAAACAUCCACCUGCAUGGAACAAGCAUGGAAACUGUCCCUAAUACAAAUGUCUCAGGAUGGUCCGUGGUGGCGGAUCUCAACGGGUUGGCAGUAAAGGAUGCUUGUCAAACUCUUCUAAAACACCUCGAACCCAUCACCAGCAAGAAUCCUCAAGGAACUUGGAAGGAUUGGGCACAGACUGCUUUUGAUGAAAGCAUUAGUCUUUCAGCUAUUGGAUACUUCAGGGAUUAUGAGUUAAACAUAGACUGGGAGAAAGGUGAAGGCCGUCCUUUCGAAUACUUUGUUUAUGGAGCUGCCUGUUCCUAGGUUGAAAUAGACUGCCUGACGGGGGAUCAUAAGAAUAUCAGAACAGACAUUGUCAUGGAUAUUGGCUGCAGUAUAAAUCCAGCCCUCGACAUAGGCCAGAUUGAAGGUGCAUUUACUCAAGGCAUGGGACUUUAUACAAUAGAGGAACUGCAUUAUUCUCCUCAGGGUGUACUGUACACUCUUGGUCCCAACCAGUAUAAAAUCCCUGCCAUCUGUGACAUCCCCACAGAGCUGAACAUUUCUUGAUUGCCUCCCUCUCAAAAUUCAAAUACCCUGUAUUCAUCUAAGGGUCUGGGAGAGUCUGCGCUAUUCCUGGGGUGUUCAGUGUUUUUUGCCAUCCAUGAUGCGGUGAGAGCAGCCCUGCAGGAGACAGGCCUGUUAGGACCACUGAAACUCAGAAGUCCACUGACGCCAGAGAAGAUUAGGAUGGCCUGUGAAGACAAGUUCACAAAAAUGCUACGUUCUAUUCCAAGAGAUGAGCCUGGAUCCUAUGUUCCUUGGAAUGUACCCAUAUGA